AGAGGAGACGAGGCCACGGUAGCGGAGAGAGGUAAAGUCGGCGACGAUGACUUGGACACGACCGGCUGCGAAUUGGCUGACGCCGUGCGAAGACGCGAGGAGAAUGUACCCGAGGACAUACGAGGCAACUUGGAGAGUAAGGAGAGGUUAGCUGACGAUAGUAUGAGGGCGGUAUACGUACCGACGACGAGGAUGAUUAUCAUUGUGCUCACGAAUGACUUGGGCGGCGACUUCGAUACUGCUGAGGAGAGAGUGGGUGGCAAAGGAGCUCGUGGCAAAGCUAAUGUAGAA